AUGAGCCCGGGACUAAAGCUGAACGCCGAGAUCAAAGCGUACAGCAUGAAUUUGAGCGGUAUUGCCGUAUUCAAAGAUCGUUUCGGGAAGCUCCAGAGGGAGCCGUGGGGCCCAAUGUAUCGGUCCAAAACCAACGACACUAGAACUGCAAGGUUCGACGACCUCCCGCCGAACACCAACUACACGGUGCGCCUGAGCGCCGUGACGCGCACGCAGCGCCGCGGCGAGGAGGACACGAAGCGGUGCAGCACGCCGCCCGCGCCGCCGCACCCGCCGCGCCCCCGCUGGUUCAAGAUAGUCGACGACGAUAGAUACAUGUUGAAACUACAUUUGCCUCGGCUGUCCGAGCGAAACGGUCCCAUAUGCUGUUAUAGGGUGUUCAUGGUGCGCCUGCUGCCGAGGUCCGAGUGGGGCAAGCUGCCCUCUCCGCGCGACAUCAGCGUCGUCGACUACGAGGAGGCGCACGGCGCCCGGCCCGUGCUCGGCGCCUACCUCACCGACGUCUUCUCGCACGAAAAGUUUCCGCCGGGCUCCGACGUGAUAGAUCUGAUAAUGGGCGACGAGAAUUCGGUGUACGAUGCGGAGGACGGCACGCUGCACAGCGACAUGUGCCGCCGCUGCCUGCGGAGGCCGAGGCGGCCCUACUUCGAGGCGCCGCCGCCCAGGGCGCCGGUGACGCCCCCCACUACCACCACCACCACCAGCGCCGCCACCACCACGGAGGACGAGUUCUUCGACGAGGAGGACCUCUCCACCGCCGAGCCGGAGGAGGCGAAGAGGGACCGAAGGUCUUACCCCGGCAUCGACAGGAGCGACAAUGAUUAUACGAGAAAUCCAAUAAUGGAUGAUAGUGCAGAUGACGACUUCCAAGUCAAGGACGGCCUCCUCGAUCCCACCGCCAAUUAUACAUUAUUCGUCGAAGUGAUUCCGGGUCGGCCGCAGGACGAGUCGGUGUGGAGCGAGUACGUGAACGUGCUGACGCCGGCGGCCAGCGUUGCCGUGCCCUCUUCCGCCUUGGUCAUAGAGGCCGCGCUGUUGACGACUUGUUCGUUUGCUGCCUUCAUAGUUUUGGUGAUGAUAAUAGUGUGCGUCGUUCAGACGCGACGGUCGCGCAAGUUGCCACCGCACGCGCACGUCGAGAUGAACCCACUUCAGGUCGCUCUAAGAUACGUGGUCGGCUCGCUCGGCGGGCGGCAGCAACUGAUAUCGGCGGUGCCCCCCGACAUGCCGCCCAUCCCCAAGGAGGAGCUCGCCGCCGCCUACGCCGAGCGGCAGGCGGACUCCGACUACGGCUUCCAGAAGGAGUUUGAGUUGUUGCAGAUGCUGCCCGAGUGCUUCCCGGAUCGAACGACGCACGCGUCGGAAGCGCGCGAGAACCAGCCGAAGAACCGGUACCCGGACAUAAAGGCGUACGACCAGACCCGGGUGAAGCUGUCGCAGGUGGACGGGAUAUCCGGCUCGGACUACAUCAACGCCAACUACGUAAUGGGCUACAAGGAACGCAAACAGUUCAUCUGCGCGCAAGGGCCGACGGACACGACCGUGAACGACUUCUGGCGAAUGAUCUGGGAGCACGGCCUGGAGCUGAUCGUGAUGCUGACAAACCUCGAGGAGUACUCGAAGGUGAAGUGCUCCAAGUACUGGCCCGACGAGGGUCGGGGGCCGAGGGCGUUCGGCAGCAUCGCGGUGCACCACGUCUCGGAGAAGCGAUAUUCUGAUUAUAUUGUGCGGGAGUUAAGGAUAACUAAGCAACCUCUAAACUCCGAGGGACAACCUAUUAUUGAGAAUAAUGGCAUCGCUAAGAGAAACGGAGAAUGCAAGGAGGCGGCGGACGGCAGCCAACCGAACUCGCCCCAGACGCGCGGCGAGGCCCGUUUGGUGCGUCAGUACCACUUCCUCAUGUGGAAGGACUUCGCCGCGCCGGAGCACUCCUACUCCAUAUUGAAGUUCAUCAAGCGCGUGAACGAGGCGUGGUCGAACAUGGUGGGGCGGCCCGUGGUGGUGCACUGCUCGGCGGGCGUGGGCCGCACCGGCACGCUGGUGGCGCUCGACUGCCUGCUCGAGCAGCUGCGCGCAACCGGCCACGUGGCCGUCUUCAACACCGUGGCCGAGCUGCGGCGGCAGCGCAACUUCCUCGUGCAGUCGCUGAAGCAGUACGUGUUCGUGUAUCGGGCCUUGGUCGAGUACGCGCACUACGGAGACACGGAGAUACCGGCUUCUCGUCUGAAGAGCUCCAUCGACCGGCUUCGCAACACGCCAGAGGGCGCCGACAAGUGCCUCAUGGAGCACGAAUUUGAGAAGAUGAUGAACAGCCCGCUGGCGGAGUCUGUGCGCUCGUGCGCGGCGGGCGGCGGCGAGGAGCUGCGCGCGCGCAACCGCAACGCGGACUGCCUGCCCUACGACCGCAACCGCGUCAUCCUGGCCCCCAUCCCGGGCCGCGACUUCUCCACAUACAUCAACGCCUCCUUCAUCGAAGCAUAUGACAAUUCAGAAGGAUUCAUCAUAACACAAGAUCCGCUGCCAAACACGAUUAUGGACUUUUGGAGGAUGGUCUCUGAACACAAUGUUUCUACUAUCGUAAUGCUCAGUGAGCUCGGCGAAGGCAAGUGCCCUCGCUACUGGGACGACGGCACCGCGCAGUACGAGCAUAUCUCGGUCCAGUACGAAGAGAGCGAGUCGUGUCCUUACUACACGCGGCGGCAGUUUAGGGUCACCAAUAACAAGAGCGGCGAGUGGAGCGGCGUGCGGCAGCUGCAGUACCAGGGCUGGCCCACCGCGGCGGGCCACGUGCCCGAGGUGACGCGCGGCCUGGCCGAGCUGGCCGAGCUGGCCGCGCCGCCCCACGCCGCCGCGCCCGACUCCACGCGCCGCCCGCUGCUCGUGCACUGCCAGUCAGUGCCGAUCGCUCUUUGCAACACGCCCUCCCCUCUCCCUGCCACCUUCCCGAACUUCCCACACUGCCAGUCAGUGCCGAUCGCUCUUUGCAACACGCCCUCCCCUAUCCCUGCCACCUUCCCGAAAUUCCCACACUGCCAGUCAGUGCCGAUCGCUCUUUGCAACACGCCCUCCCCUCUCCCUGCCACCUCCCCGAACUUCCCACACUGCCAGUCAAUGCCGAUCGCUCUUUGCAACACGCCCUCCCCUCUCCCUGCCACCUUCCCGAACUUCCCACACUGCCAGUCAGUGCCGAUCGCUCUUUGCAACACGCCCUCCCCUCUCCCUGCCACCUUCCCGAAAUUCCCACACUGCCAGUCAGUGCCGAUCGCUCUUUGCAACACGCCCUCCCCUCUCCCUGCCACCUUCCCGAACUUCCCACACUGCCAGUCAGUGCCGAUCGCUCUUUGCAACACGCCCUCCCCUCUAACUGCCACCUUCCCGAAAUUCCCACACUGCCAGUCAGUGCCGAUCGCUCUUUGCAACACGCCCUCCCCUCUCCCUGCCACCUUCCCGAACUUCCCACACUGCCAGUCAGUGCCGAUCGCUCUUUGCAACACGCCCUCCCCUCUCCCUGCCACCUUCCCGAACUUCCCACACUGCCAGUCAGUGCCGAUCGCUCUUUGCAACACGCCCCCCCCUCUCCCUGCCACCUUCCCGAAAUUCCCACACUGCCAGUCAGUGCCGAUCGCUCUUUGCAACACGCCCUCCCCUCUCCCUGCCACCUUCGCGAAAUUCCCACACUGCCAGCCAGUGCCGAUCGCUCUUUGCAACACGCCCUCCCCUCUCUCCCUGCCACCUUCCCGAACUUCCCACACUGCCAGUCAGUGCCGAUCGCUCUUUGCAACACGCCCUCCCCUCUCCCUGCCACCUUCCCGAAAUUCCCACACUGCCAGUCAGUGCCGAUCGCUCUUUGCAACACGCCCUCCCCUCUCCCUGCCACCUUCCCGAACUUCCCACACUGCCAGUCAGUGCCGAUCGCUCUUUGCAACACGCCCUCCCCUCUCCCUGCCACCUUCCCGAACUUCCCACACUGCCAGUCAGUGCCGAUCGCUCUUUGCAACACGCCCUCCCCUCUCCCUGCCCCUCUCCCUGCCUUCCCGAACUUCCCACACUGCCAGUCAGUGCCGAUCGCUCUUUGCAACACGCCUCCCCUCUCCCUGCCACCUUCCCGAACUUCCCACACUGCCCGUCAUGCCGAUCGCUCUUUGCAACCCGCCCUCCCCCUCCCCCCCCCUCCCUGCCACCUUCCCGAACUUCCCACACUGCCAGUCAAUGCCGAUCGCUCUUUGCAACACGCCCUCCCCUCUCCCUCCCCUCUCCCUGCCACCUUCCCGAACUUCCCACACUGCCAGUCAAUGCCGAUCGCUCUUUGCAACACGCCCUCCCCUCUCCCUCCCCUCUCCCUGCCACCUUCCCGAACUUCCCACACUGCCAGUCAGUGCCGAUCGCUCUUUGCAACACCACGCCCUCCCUCCCCUUUCUCUCCCUGCCACCUUCCUCGAACUUCCCACACUGCCAGUCCCGAUCGCUCUUUGCAAACCCCUCCACUCCUCCUCUCCACCAUUCCCGAACUUCCCCCACUGCCACCUUGGCACGGAGCGGUCCUCGCUGUUCGUGGCGCUGUGCAUCCUCAUCUGGCAGCUGCGCAUCGAGCGGCGCGUCGACGUCAACUGCGUGGCGCGGAAAGUGCGCUCCCAACGCGCAAGGACCAUCGACACGUUUUUACAAUACGAAUUUCUACACCGUGCCAUACUGAACUACGCGGAGCUGCACAAUCUACUUGAAGACAGU